GAUUUAUUUCGGUUUUGUCUUAUCGUAUCUAAAUAAACCGAAAGAAACCAAAACCGAGACUUAAAGCCGAGAGACCUUCGGUUUCUCUUCAGUCGUCUCUACUCUCACUUGAGCACGAGAACUGUCUCCGUCGCCGUUAUUAUCUCGUCGGCUAAUAUCUCAGACGAGAAAUCGACGCCGGAGAAAAAGCAAUUUAGUUCUCUUUCAUCUACCAAAAUGACAUCUUCUCUGUCACUUCACUCCUCCUUCGUACCUUCCUUCGCUGAUCUCUCCGACCGAGGUUUGAUCAGUAAGAACUCUCCGACCAGUGUUUCCAUUUCCAAGGUUCCAACUUGGGAGAAGAAGCAGAUCUCAAAUCGGAACUCUUUCAAGCUGAAUUGCGUGAUGGAGAAAAGUGUCGAUGGUCAAACUCAUUCUACCGUUAACAAUACCACUGAUAGCUUAAAUACUAUGAAUAUCAAAGAAGAAGCUAGCGUCUCUACAUUAUUGGUGAACUUGGAUAAUAAAUUUGAUCCCUUUGAUGCAAUGAGCACUCCGCUUUACCAAACUGCUACUUUUAAGCAGCCUUCUGCUAUUGAAAAUGGACCUUAUGAUUAUACAAGAAGUGGCAAUCCUACACGGGAUGCAUUGGAAAGCCUCCUUGCGAAGCUUGACAAGGCAGAUAGAGCAUUUUGCUUUACUAGCGGAAUGGCUGCUCUUAGUGCUGUUACACAUCUUAUCAAAAAUGGCGAAGAAAUUGUUGCUGGAGAUGAUGUAUAUGGUGGCUCUGACAGAUUACUAUCCCAAGUUGUUCCAAGAUCUGGCGUUGUGGUAAAACGAGUAAACACAACUAAGUUAGACGAGGUUGCUGCUGCAAUUGGUCCCCAAACAAAGCUUGUGUGGCUUGAGUCUCCAACAAACCCAAGACAACAAAUUUCUGAUAUACGAAAAAUAUCUGAGAUGGCUCAUGCUCAAGGUGCUCUUGUGUUGGUGGACAACAGUAUUAUGUCACCAGUGCUCUCUCGGCCAUUAGAACUUGGAGCUGACAUCGUGAUGCACUCGGCUACUAAGUUUAUAGCCGGACACAGUGACGUGAUGGCAGGUGUGCUUGCUGUAAAAGGCGAAAAAUUGGCAAAGGAGGUGUAUUUCCUCCAAAACUCAGAAGGUUCUGGAUUAGCUCCUUUCGACUGUUGGCUUUGCCUUCGAGGAAUCAAGACAAUGGCUUUACGGAUAGAAAAGCAACAGGAAAACGCACGGAAAAUUGCAAUGUACUUGUCUUCUCAUCCAAGAGUAAAGAAAGUGUACUAUGCUGGUCUACCAGAUCAUCCUGGUCACCAUCUCCACUUCUCUCAGGCGAAGGGUGCAGGAUCAGUUUUUAGCUUUAUAACUGGAUCAGUUGCGCUUUCAAAGCAUCUCGUAGAAACCACCAAAUACUUCAGCAUAGCUGUCAGUUUUGGGAGUGUUAAGUCACUGAUAAGCAUGCCAUGCUUCAUGUCACAUGCAAGCAUACCUGCAGAAGUUCGUGAGGCCAGAGGUUUGACGGAAGAUCUUGUCCGUAUAUCUGCAGGAAUUGAAGAUGUUGAUGAUUUGAUAUCUGAUCUUGACAUUGCCUUCAAAACCUUCCCUCUCUAGUUUUGGUUUGUUCUUGUCUCAGCUUUUGUAGUUUCAUAGGUUCUUGAAAUAAGGAUCUAUGUAACAAACCAUAAAACAUAAUUUGGUGUUUGAAAACACAUCAAGCAAUAAAUUCAUUAUUGUUAGAUUUGUUAUGUUACUUGUUUGGGGUUAAAUUCUGUAUUAUCGGCUUCAAAGCCAACAACAUAAGUAGUACGGAUCUUUCUUCAAAGUGAAAUACAACUCUUAUCAAGAUUCUU